CAAACGUUUGACUCGAAAAUAUCAAGCGUCUGUGAAGUAACACAUUGAUCGUCAAUAUUUUGCUAGAACUGAAUGGUAAUGGACUUGCCAAAGCCUCCCGAUGAGCCGGAGUUGAAGAACAUCAUAGACAAGCUGGCCAACUUUGUGGCAAGAAAUGGGCCAGAGUUUGAAAACAUGACGAAACAGAAGCAGCAGGAUAACCAAAAGUUUUCAUUUCUGUUUGGCGGGGAACACUACGCCUACUACCAGUACAAGGUGCACGCUGAACAGGCCAUAUACAACAUGCAGAACAAGAAACUACAAGAGCAUGCAGCCCAGCAGGUCCAGCAACAACAGCAGAUGGGUGUGCGGGUUGGGAGCCAGCCUUUUGUCCCACCCCUUUCUGCCCCUCCCCCAAUCCAGGUCUCCCCCUGGGUCUCCUCCGCCCCACCCCUACUGCCAACUACCACAGUAUCCCUUGUGGAGCCCCCUACAUCACAGGCAGUGGUCCAGCAACCACCACCACAACAGCAGCAGACGCCACAACAACAGCAGGUGGCCCAAAUACAACAGCAGAUACAGCUUCAGCAGAACCAGAUUCAGCAGCAGACAACACUCAACGAGCAGCAGAUAAAACAGUCAGAACAGAACCUGGCUGCCCAGUAUUCCAGCCUCAUGCAGCAACAACAGGCUCAAAUUGAGGACGCAAUAGAAUCACAGCGCCAGGAGGAACUGAUGAGACUGAGUGAUGAGUGCUCCAUCCCUCUAGAAGACCUCCAUCGCACCGUCAAGCCAAUCAUAGACUCAUGUACAAAGGAUGCCAUCUUGAGUGGGAAAAGCUGGAUAUUCCAGCACUGUAGCACGGACCAUCAGUCAUUGUUGAUUGGCAAAUACAUGCUGCGGAGAAUACUGGCCAAAGAGGCAAGCUUUGAGCUGAGACUUCAUCUUAUAUAUCUUAUAAAUGACGUUCUCCACCAUUGCCAACGUAAAAAUGCGGACAACUUGAAGUGCCAGUUAGAGCAGGUUGUGGUUCCUGUAUUUUGUACGUCACUGAUCGGAGCAGGAGAGGACAAGAAAGUGAAACUAAAUAAGCUGCUCACAUUAUGGGAACAAAACAAGUACUUCCAUCCAGAUACAAUCGAGAAAAUGAAGGAGCCAGAGCGUGCAUUGUCCCAAUUCCAUGCCGACUUGAUCACAGAAAACGGUCCAUUGGUUACCCAGAUCAGCUCUGGAAUCCAGCUGAUGUAUCAGAAUCUACAGAAGCAACACAAUGAUUUCUGUAGCCACCUCCAAUCUCAACUACAACAACUACAGAGCCAGUUAUCCCAACUACAGACACAGUUGGCACAGGCCCAGGCAGCCGUGAUCACACAGUCAAUCGCCCCUCAAGUGAGUGUGUCUGCACCACCCAUAGAUGUGAUUUCUCGAGCCCCGCCAGAUGGAUUUCAGACUGCUCCUGCUGGGUUCAACCCACCUCCAUUUGGGCCCCCGCCUGGGUUCACCAGGCCGCCGAUGGCCCCUGGGGGUUCUGCGCCACUGCCACACCCACCACCCUUCGACUACCAUGCUCCAUGGACAGGCCCACCGCCUGUGUCAAGUGCGGGGGGUCCUGGGCAGAUCCCUCUGCCCGACUUCAGCAAGCCCCCACCCGGGUUCCCGCCCCUGGGCAUUCCCCGUCUCCCCCCGCCAGACAUCGACCUCACACCAUCUGUGCCCUACUAUGACCUACCAUCAGGGCUGAUGGCUCCACUAGUGAAGUUAGAAGAUCAUGACUACAGGCCCCUGGACCCGAGGGACAUCCGGCUGCCCCCUCCCAUGCCUCCUAGUGACAGACUGUUAGCUGCGGUAGAGGCAUUCUACAGCCCACCAUUUCAUGACCGCCCAAGGGACAGCGAGGGCUGGGAAAAGUUAGGCCUAUACGAGUUCUUUAAAGCCAAACAAAAGGCCAAGAAGAUGAAAGAAGAGGAACAGAGGCAGAGGUCAAGGUCAAGGUCACGCUCCAGAUCAAGGUCAAGAUCUAGGUCAAGAUCAAGGUCAAUAUCUCCUCCUCCUCCUCCAAAGCGACGCCAGUCAAGCCCACCUCCUAGGCGGCGACGAUACAACAGUGGCGGCAAUUCACAGUCACCACCAAGUAAAUCCAGAUCACCAUCCAACUCACAAUCUCCGCUGCCAUACAAAAGGACAAGUCGUUCCCCGUCACCAAGACGACAGAGCAGGUCACCAUCUCCUAAGCGACGACAAAAAGUGUCACGAUCGCCGUCACGCAGCCCUACACCUCCCAUGUUCUCAACUGAUCAAUUCCUGGCAGCAGCUGCAGCAGCAAAGUCCACUGACAAACUUGGCGAAGAAAACAAGGGCCAUAUGUUGCUUAAAAAGAUGGGUUGGGGUGGUAGAGGCCUGGGAGCCAAGGAACAGGGGAUUGUUAACCCGAUAGAGGCGGGGGAGGUUCGCGACAGGACGGACAUGUACAAGGGCAUUGGGAACUCCCAAAAUGAUCCAUUCGAGCAGUUCCGGAAAAACAAGAGCCAGGGGUUCAUCAGUCGCAUGCAGGCUCGGGAUCCAGGUGCAAAAAAGUGAAGAGGUUCACUUAGUAUGUGGAAUAACUAUCUGUUUGGAAACUAUCUGUUUGGAAGUGUCAGAAGUUACAUGUUCUGUAUAUACAAUAUAGACAUCGCCACAAGGACCUGUAUUGUUUUGAGGUGAUAGAACAAUUCUGUGCGAAACAAAACAGUGUGAAGCAGAUGUGAGGAAAGAACCACACACAUUUUCAACGUAAUUUGGAGACUUUCUACACAUACAUGAAAUGCAGCAUACAACAAAUAAACAUAUUGUGCUUUUGGAAAUGUGUUAGAUCUAUCUUAAAGAUAAACUCUUGGCUAAUUGCAUUCUGAAUUAGCUGACCUAGGCUCCAAUUACUGUAAAGAGAUUUUAAAUUUCAAGAUAAAUAGCCAAUAGCUGUAACCCUCAAGUUUUGAUAUGAAGAGAGAAGAUCAGGUGUGCUUUCUGAUAUGUUAUUAUACUUCCUUAAGUUUCAAGUAUCUUGGUAAACACCUGAACUCUUAUCAUUGAAUCAGACUACCAAUGUGUUUAAAUAAGUUGUUUUUGUAUUGAAAUCCAUUUAAAUUGAAACAACCUUGAAGUUGUGGUUACAAAUAAGACCUACCAUAACUAAAAAAAUGUUUGUUUCAGGUUUCCCUAACGAUUUUAUUGCGAGCAGACAUUUCUUUUCUGACUGUUCAUUUUUUCUCCUUUUGAGAUUUAUUUCAUUGUAGUUUCUUGCACAGGAAUGACGUGUAAAAUUACCUAAAACAAAUUCUGACCUAUUUUUUUGUCAAUAAACAUUGAACAAGU